CCAUCAUGAAGUCUAAAACUCCAUUCUCAAUCAACCUCAAGCUCAUCCUUCUCUGCUUUUUCUUUCUCUUGCUCCUCAUCUUAGUAACAAGAUCAAGUUUUUCGUCUUCCCAGCAACCAGUCUCAGAAACCCAUCUCUCAAACUCAACAAGCACCACUCAAGGACCACAAUCAUCAACAACAACACCAUGUCCAUCCCUACCCUUAUCACAAACUUGCACCAAAACCCCACCUUCCCUAGCCAAUGCUCUCAUCCACUAUGCAACAACCAACAUAACCCCACAACAAACCUUCAAAGAAAUCUCAGUUUCAGCAAGAAUCCUAGCCAAAAAAUCACCAUGUAACUUCCUAGUCUUUGGCCUAGGUCAUGACAGUCUCAUGUGGACCUCACUCAACCAUGGUGGCCGCACGGUUUUCCUAGAAGAAGACAAGUCAUGGAUCAAGCAAAUCCUUGAACGUUUGCCCACAUUAGAGUCAUACCAUGUUGAGUAUGACACCAAGGUUCACCAAGCUGACCAGCUCAUCAAGAUUGGAAUGGAAGAAGACUGCAAAGUUGUGAGUGAUCCAAGAUUCUCAAAGUGCCAACUUGCACUCAAAGGCUUUCCAAGUGAAGUGUAUGACAUAGAAUGGGACUUGAUCAUGGUGGAUGCACCUACUGGGUACCAUGAUAAUGCCCCAGGAAGAAUGAGUGCUAUAUACACAGCUGGAUUGAUGGCUAGGAAUAGAGAGGAGGGUGAGACUGAUGUGUUUGUGCAUGAUGUUGAUAGAGUUGUGGAGGACAAGUUCUCUAAUGCUUUCCUUUGUGAAGGGUAUUUGACAGAACAAGAAGGGAGAAUAAGGCACUUCACUAUCCCAAGUCACAGGGCUCGCCUUGGUAGACCCUUUUGUCCAUAGAGGUUUCAUUCUGUGUCUUUUUUUAUUUGCCUGUUUUUUUUUUACCACAAUUCUUGUUUUGUCAUAGAUUUAUUAUUUACUUGAGAGAAUUGGAGCUGGGAUUUUCCUUUCAUAUAUA